AUGACUUGUACUGAAUAUGGGAAGGUUUCUAAUCAGUCUUCAGAACUUACUCAACAGCAGACUGUUCAGAAUCCACAGAAAGAAAACCAGUGUAAGAUAUGUGGGAAAGUGUUUAGCAACUCAUGCCAUCUAGGUAGACAUAAGAAAAUUCAUACAGGAAGGAAACCUUUCAAAUGUACAGAAUGUACCAAAGCGUUUAACCAUAGCUCACUUCUUACUAAACAUCAGAGAAUUCACACUGGAGAGAAACCUUAUAAAUGUACAGAAUGUGGCAAACGCUUUAAUCACAACUCAAAUCUUAUUCAACAUUGGCGAAUUCAUACGGGAGAGAAGCCUUACAAAUGUACAGAAUGUAGCAAAGCCUUUAUCUGUUCCUCACAUCUAAUCUAUCAUCAGCAAAUUCAUACUGGAGAGAGGCCUUAUAAAUGUACAGAAUGUAGCAAAGCCUUUAUCUGUUACUCACAGCUAACCUAUCAUCAGCGAAUUCAUACUGGAGAGAAGCCUUAUAAAUGUACAGAAUGUAACAAAGCCUUUCAUCGUCUCUCACUUCUUACUGGACAUCAGCGAAUUCAUUCUGGGGAGAGACCUUAUAAAUGUAAAGAAUGUGACAAAGCCUUUAUUCAUCGCUCAAAUCUUACUCGACAUCAGCGAAUUCAUACUGGAGAGAAGCCUUAUAAAUGUAAAGAAUGUAACAAAGCCUUUAUCCGUUGCUCACAUCUUACCGAACAUCAGCAAAUUCAUACUGGAGAGAGACCUUAUAAAUGUAAAGAAUGUGGCAAAGCCUUUAUUACGAGUUCAGCCCUUACUCAACAUCACCGAAUUCAUACUUGGGAUAGAUGUUAUAAAGGUACAGAAAUUGGCAAGGCCUUCAUUAAGGUUUCUAGAGUUACGAAGCAUCAGCGAACACAUACUGGGGAGAGACCGUAUAAAUGUACAGAAUGUGGCAAAACCUUUAAUCGGAAUUCAAUUCUUACUACACAUUUGCGAGUUCAUACUGGAGAGAAACCUUAUAAAUGUAAAGAAUGUAACAAAGCCUUCCAUUGUCCCUCACUUCUUACUCGACAUCAACUAAUUCACUCUGGGGAGAGACCUUAUAAAUGUAAAGAAUGUAACAAAGCCUUUAUUCAGUUCUCACAUCUUACUCAGCAUCAGCGAAUUCAUACUGGAGAGAGACCUUAUAAAUGUACAGAAUGUGGCAAAGCCUUUAGUCAUAGUAGUAAUCUCACUAAACAUCUGAGAACACACACGCUGCAGUCACCAUCUAUGGGCCUGAUAAUCUAUAUGAGCCUACUUCUGUUGACUCCAAAAGUCCUGAAUCUGCCAUUUGACACUGAAGACAACGCUUUCCUGUCCUGGGCUCAUCCUACACUGCACUCGACAAUCGGUCUAACUGCUGGGUCUGCAGAGCGCUCCCCUUCUCAUCAAGUGGAAGACUUCCCAUGUGCCCAGUUGCAUACUUGUCGAAACCACUGGAUCCAGUGGCUGUGGAAUGGCCUGUGUGUUCAGAUCAGUGCUAGUUUUGUGACUUGUGCUCAGAACAAUGCCAGCCAAGGACCAAAACCCAACCCAGGGGUGCUGACCAUUGGGACACUGCCCUUUGAGGAUCUAGAAGUGGAUUUUACUGAAGUCAAGCCCUGUAGGGGCCCAGUUGCAGGUGAAAGAGCUGUGUGGAUGCCUUGGAAGGUAUUUUCUCAACCUGUGAAUGUGCAUUUGCGACAUAACAUCCCCAGAGAAGACUCAAAGCAGCAGGAAGAAGAGGAGGAAAUGGCAGCUUCUCAGGGACGGCUGACAUUCCAGGAUGUGGCCAUAGACUUCACUCAAGAGGAGUGGGAAUGCCUGGACCUCAGUCAGCGAGAAUUGUACAGGGACGUGAUGUUAGAGAACUACGGGAACCUGGCCUCCUUGGGGCUUGUGUCUAUGCUGGACCUGGUUGCCUUUCUGGAGCAAUUGAAGGAUCCCAGGAAUAUAAGGAGAAUGGAGACAACAGCCAUUUACCCAGAUAAGAGUACUUGUGCUGGAGAGAGGACUUGUAGUGAAUAUAGUAAGGUUUCUAAUCACUGUUCAGACCUUACUCAACAGGACACUGUUCAGAAUCCACAGAAAGAAAACAAGUGUAAGAUAGGUGAGAAAGUAUUUAGUAAGUCAUCCAGUCUAAGCAGACAUAGGAAACUUCCUACAAGAAGGAAACCUUUCAAGUGUACAGAAUGUAGCAAAGCAUUUAACUGUCACUCACUUCUUACUCGACAUCAGCGAAUUCAUGCUGGAGAGAAACCUUAUAAAUGUACAGAAUGUAGCAAAGCCUUUACUUACAACUCAGAACUUAUUGAACAUCAGCGAAUUCAUACUGGAGAGAAACCUUACAUAUGUAAAGAAUGUAACAAAGCCUUUCGUUGUUCCUCAUUUCUUACUCGACAUGAGCGAAUUCAUGCUGGAGAGAAACCUUAUAAAUGUACAGAAUGUAGCAAAGCCUUUACUUACAAUUCAGAACUUAUUGAACAUCAGCGAAUUCAUACUGGAGAGAAACCUUACAUAUGUAAAGAAUGUAACAAAGCCUUUCGUUGUUCCUCAUUUCUUCGUCGACAUCAGCGAAUUCACACUGGAGAGAAACCUUACAAAUGUACAAUAUGUGGCAAAGCCUUUACUUACAACUCAUAUCUUACUCAACAUCGGCGAAUUCAUACAGGAGAGAAACCUUAUAAAUGUACAGAAUGUGGUGAAGCCUUUAUCAGUUCCUCAUAUCUAACCCAUCAUCAGCGAAUCCAUACUGGAGAGAAGCCUUAUAUAUGUAAAGAAUGUAACAAAGCCUUUCAUCGUUGUGCAGCUCUUACUCGACAUCAUCGAAUCCAUACUGGGGAAAAACCAUACAAAUGUAAAGAAUGCGGCAAAGCCUUUAUUAGGAGUUCAACCCUUACUCAACAUCACCGAAUUCAUACCGGGGAUAGACGUUAUAAAUGUACAGAAUGUGGCAAGGCCUUUAUGAAGUGUUCUCAUCUUAAUUAUCAUCGGCGCACGCAUACUGGAGAGAGACCAUAUAAAUGUACUGAAUGUGGCAAAGCCUUUUAUCAGAACUCAUGUCUUACUCAACAUCGCCGAAUACAUACUGGAGAGAGACCUUAUGAAUGUGCUGAAUGUGGCAAAGCCUUUGGUCGGAGUGCUUAUCUCACUAAACAUCUGAGAACACACACUGGAGAGAAACUCUAUAAAUGUAAGAUAUGCGGGAAAGUAUUUAAUAACUCAUCCGAUCUAAGUAGACAUAGGAAAAUUCAUACAAGAAGGAAACCUUUCAAGUGUACAAAAUGUAGCAAAGCAUUUAUCCGUUGCUCACAUCUUACUCAACAUCAGCGAAUUCAUACUGGAGAGAAACCUUAUAAAUGUAUAGAAUGUGGCAAAGCCUUUAAUCACAACUCAACACUUUCUGAAAAUCAGCAAAUGCAUACUGCAGAGAAACCUGAUAAAUGUACAGAAUGUGGCAAAGCCUCUAUCUGUUACUCACAUCUUUCCCAACAUCAGCAAAUUCAUACUGGGGAGAGACCUUAUAAAUGUACAGAAUGUGGCAAAGCCUGUAAUCAGAAUUCAACUCUUACUCAACAUCAGCGAACGCAUACUGGAGAGAAGCCUUAUAAAUACAAAGAAUGCGACAAAGCCUUUAUCCGUUGUUCACAUCUUACUCGACAUCAGCGAAUUCAUACUGGCGAGACACCUUAUCAUUGUACAGAAUGUGGUCAAACCUUUAUUUGCAGUUCAACUUUAACUGCACAUUAUCAAAUCCAUACUGGGGAGAAACCAUACAAAUGUAAAGAAUGUGGCAAAACCUUUAUUUCAAGUUCAAAUCUUACUCAAUAUCACUGAAUUCACAUGGAGGACAGACGUUAUAAAUGUACGGAGUGUGGCAAGGCCUUUAUUAACAGUGCUUGUCUUAAUAAACAUCAGCGAAUCCAUGGGGAGAGACGGUAUAAAUGCAUCGAAUGUGGCAAAGCCUUUAAUUGGAACUCAAUUCUUACUACACAUUUGCGAGUUCAUACUGCAGAGAAACCUUAUAAAUGUGCAGAAUGUGGCAAAGCCUUUAAUCAUAUAUUUAGUAAGUCAUCCAGUCUAAGUAGACAUAGGAAAAUUCAUACAGGAAGGAAAUCUUUCAAGUGUACGGAAUGUAGCAAAGCAUUUAACUGUCACUCACUUCUUACUCAACAUCAGCGAAUUCAUGCUGGAGAGAAACCUUAUAAAUGUAUAGAAUGUAGCAAAGCCUUUACUUACAACUCAGAACUUAUUGAACAUCAGCGAAUUCAUACUGGAGAGAAACCUUAUAUAUGUAAAGAAUGUAACAAAGCCUUUCGUCGUUCCUCAUUUCUUAGUCGACAUCAGCGAAUUCACACUGGAGAGAAACCUUACAAAUGUACAGUGUGUGGCAAAGCCUUUACUGACUACUCACAUCUUAUUCAACAUCGGCGAAUUCAUACAGGAGAGAAACCUUAUAAAUGUACAGAAUGUAGCGAAGCCUUUAUCAGUUCCUCAUAUCUAACCCAUCAUCAGCGAAUCCAUACUGGAGAGAAGCCUUAUAUAUGUAAAGAAUGUAACAAAGCCUUUCAUCGUUGUGCAGCUCUUACUCGACAUCUUCGAAUCCAUACUGGGGAAAAACCAUACAAAUGUAAUGAAUGUGGCAAAGCCUUUAUUACAAAUUCAGCCCUUACUCAACAUCACCGAAUUCAUACUGGGGAUAGACCUUAUAAAUGUACAGAAUGUGGCAAGGCCUUUAUUACACGUUCUAAUCUUACUGAACAUCGGCGCAUGCAUACUGGAGAGAGACCAUAUAAAUGUACUGAAUGUGGCAAAGCCUUUAAUCACAACUCAAGUCUUACUCAACAUCGGCGAAUACAUACUGGAGAGAGACCUUAUGAAUGUACUGAAUGUGGCAAAGCCUUUGGUCGGAGUGAUUAUCUCACUAAACAUCUUAGAACACACACUGGAGAGAAACUCUAUUAUAAAUGUAAGGAAUGUGGCAAAGUGUUUAUCUAUUGCUCAUAUCUUAAUUGGCAUCAGCAAAUUCAUACUGGGGAGAAACCUUAUAAAUGUACAAAGUGUGGCAAAGCCUUUUAUCAGAACUCAAAUCUUACUUAACAUUCAGUCAUUCACAGUGAGGAAAAAAACUGCAAGUGUAAGAAAUGUGAGAAAGUCUUUACUAACGCACUCAAUCUACGUAGACAUAGGAAAAUUCAUACAGGAUAGAAAACUUUCAAAUGUACAGAAUGUGGCAAAGUGUUUAAUCAGAGUUCAAAACUUGGUCAACAUUGGCGAAUCUAUAUUGGCAAGAAGCCUUAUAAAUGUAAGGAAUGUGGCAAAGACUUUUGCCAGCACUCAAGUCUUACUUACCAUCAGAGAAUUCAUACUGGGGAGAAGCCUUAUAAAUGUAAGGAUUAUGGCAAAGCGUUUAGACAGUGCUCAUGUCUUCAUAAACAUCAGGUAAUUCAUGCUGGAGAGAAACCUUAUAAAUGUAAAGAAUGUGGAAAAGCUUUCAGUCAAUAUGCAACUCUUACUAAACACCAGCAAAUUCAUACUGGAGAGAAGCCUUAUAAAUGUAAAGAAUGCGGAACCUUUAAUCAGAAGUCAGCUCUUACUAAACACCAGCGAAUUCAUACUGGAGAAAAGCCUUAUAAAUGUAAAGAUUGUGGCAAAGACUUUAGCCGGCUCUCAGUUCUUAAAUACCAUCAGAGAGUUCAUACUGGAGAGAAGCCUCUUAAAUGAAAGGAAUGUGGCAAAGACUUUAGCCAGCACUCAAAUCUUACUUACCAUAUGAGAAAUCACACUGGAGAGAAACCUUAUAAAUGUAAAGAACGUGGAAAAGACUUUAGUCAACGCUCCACUCUUACUCAACACCAGCGAAUUCAUACUGGAAAGAAGCCUUUUAAAUGUAAAGAUUGUGGCAAAGACUUUAGCCAGCACACAGGUCUUACUUGCCAUCAGAGAAUUCACACUAGAGAGAAACCUUAUAAAUGUAAAGAACGUGGAAAAGCUUUCGGUCACUAUUCAAAUCUUACUAAACACAAGCGAAUUCAUACUGAAGAGAAGCCUUAUAAAUGUAAGGAUUGUGACAAAGACUUUACCCAGCACAUUGGUCUUACUUACCAUCAGAUAAUUCAUACUGGAGGAAAUCUCAUAAACGUAAGGAAACCUGCAAAGUGUAAUAAGUGUGGGAAAGUCUUUAGUAACUCAUCUAAUAAAAGUAAACAUAGGAAAAUACAUUCAGGAAGGAAACCUUUCAAGUGUACAGAAUGUGCCAAAGCCUUUAAUCAGAGUUCAAAUCUUAGUCAGCAUCGACAAAUCCAUACUGGCAGGAAACCUUAUAAAUGCAAGGAAUGUGGCAAAGUGUUUAUUUAUUUCUCAAAUCUUAGUCAACAUCAACGAAUUCACAUUGGGGAGAAACCUUAUAAAUGUGCAAAGUGUGGCAAAGCCUUUAAUCAAAACUCAAAUCUUACUCGACACCAGCGAACUCAUACUGGAGAGAAACCUUAUAAAUGUAAGGAUUGUGGCAAAGCCUUUAGCCGGCGCUAUGGUCUUACUCAACACCAGCGAAUUCAUACUGGAGAGCGACCUUAUAAAUGUGAAGCAUGUGGAAAAGCCUUCAAGAAAAACUCAAAUCUUACUCAACACCAGCGAAUUCAUACUGGAGUGAAACCUUAUAAAUGUAAGGAUUGUGGCAAAGCCUUUAGCCAGCGCUAUGGUUUUACUCAACAUCAGUUAAUUCAUACUGGAGAGAAACUUUAUAAAUGUAAAGAAUGUGGAAAAGCCUUUAGUCAAUCCUCAACACUUACUAAACACCAGCGAAUUCAUACAGGAGAGAAACCUUAUAAAUGUAAAGAAUGUGGAAAUGCAUUUAAUAAAAAGUCAACUCUUACUAAACACCAGCGAAUUCAUACUGGAGAGAAGCCUUAUAAAUGUAACGAUUGUGGCAAAGCCUUUAGCCAGCGCUAUGGUUUUACUCAACAUCAGUUAAUUCAUACUGGAGAGAAACCUUAUAAAUGUAAAGAAUGUGGAAAAGCCUUUAGUCAAUCCUCAACACUUACCAAACACCAGCGAAUUCAUACAAGAGAGAAACCUUAUAAAUGUAAAGAAUGUGGAAAAACUUUUAAUCAAAAUUCAAAUUUUACUCAACAUCAGAGAAUUCAUACUGGAGAGAAACCUUAUAAAUGUAAAGAUUGUGGCAAAGCCUUUAGCCAGCGCUAUGGUUUUACUCAACAUCAGUUAAUUCAUACUGGAGAGAAACCUUAUAAAUGUAAAGAAUGUGGAAAAGCCUUUAGGGAUUCCUCAACUCUUACUAAACACCAGCGAAUUCAUACAGGAGAGAAACCUUAUAAAUGUAACGAUUGUGGCAAAGCCUUUAGGCACAGCAGUCAUCUCGCUAGUCAUCUGAGUGCACACACUGGAGAGAAACCCUAUCCAUGUAGUAAAUGUGGUCAAGUUUCUAACCAGUCAUCACAACUUACUCAAUAUCUGAGUAUUCAUACUAAGGAGGAACACUGCAAGUGGAAUAAAUGUGGGAAAGUCUUUCCUAAAUUAUCAAAUCUAAACAGACACAGGAAAACCCACACUGGAGGGAAACCUAACCAAUGCACAGAAUGUGGCAAAACCUUUAGCAAGCCCUCCAAUCUUACUCAACAUCUCACAGUUCAUACUGCAGAGAAGACUUGCAAGUGUACAGAAUGUGGCAAAGCCUUUACUCGCAGUUCAGACCUUAAUCGACAUAGGCGAAUCCAUACUGGGGAAAAACCAUAUAAAUAUCAGAAUUGUGGGAAAGCCUUUAACCAAAGUACGGCACUUACUCGACAUCAACGAAUCCAUACUGGAGAGAAACCAUACAAGUGUAAAGAGUGUGGCAAAACUUUUAUCAGUAGCUCAAGACUUACUCAGCAUCAGAGAAGUCAUACUGGGGAGAAACUAUACAACUGUACAGAAUGUGGCAAAGCCUUUACCAGGCGUUCACAUGUUACUCAACAUCAGCAAAUUCAUACAGGAGAGAAGGCUCAUAAAUGUACAAAAUGUGGCAAAGCCUUUACCAGGUGUUCACAUGUUACUCAACAUCAGCUAAUUCACACAGGAGAGAAGGCUUAUAAAUGUACAGAAUGUGGCAAAGCCUUUAAUCAGACUUCAAACCUUAAUAAACAUAGGCGAAUUCAUACUGGGGAGAAACCAUACACAUAUGAAGAAUAUGACAAAGCUUUUAAUUGCUACUCAAACCUUACUCAUCAUAAAAUAAUUCAUAGCACCAAAUAGUCUUACAAAUAUAAAUAAUGUGACAAAGCCUUGGAGCGAGGUCACCUCACUCAGCAUCAGAGAGCGUGUGCUGGAGAGAGACCCUACAAAUGUAAUAAGUGAUGAAAGAGGUUUAAAUAUUCAUUGAAGCUAACACAACACAGGAGAACACACACUGAAGAAAAAUCGUACAACUGUAAUGACUGUGGGAAGGCUUUUAGCAAAAGCUCAAAUCUCAGAAAUCAUAAGAGAAUCCAUUCUGGACAGAAACCUUACAAAUGUAAUGUGUGCGGCAGAGCCUUUAACCAGGGUUCUAAUCUCACUACACAUCAGAGAGUGCACACAGGAGAGAAACCGUAUAAAUGUGAUGUCUGUGGCAAGGUCUUUAGUAGAAACUCACACCUUGAAAAUCAUCAGAGGAUGCACACUGGAGAGAAACCUUACAAAUGUAGUGAAUGUGGUAAGGCCUUUAUCCAGCAUUCGCUCCUUUGGAGUCAUGAGAAGAUGCACAGUGGUGAGAAACCUUACAAAUGUAAUGAAUGUGGCAAAGCAUUUGCCGAGCAAUCAAGCCUUAACAAACACAAGAAAAUCCAUACCGGAGAGAAACCGUACAAGUGUACUGUGUGUGGCAAAGCCUUCACCAUGAGAUCAAAUCUUACUCAGCACGUGACAAUCCAUACUGGAGAGAAACCUUACAAAUGUAGUGAGUGUGGCAGAGCUUUUACCCAAUUUUCACGCCUUACUCGACAUCAGAAAAUGCACACUGGAGAGAAACCACACAAGUGUAAUGUGUGUGGUAAGGCCUUUAUUGAACUUUCACAACUUUGGGGUCAUGAGAGAAUUCAUACUGGAGAAAAACCACACAAAUGUAAUGUGUGUGGCAAGAGAUUUACCCAACGUUCAAGCCUUAUGGCACAUCAGAGAAUUCAUACAGGAGAAAAAUCUUACAAAUGUAAAGACUGUGAUAAGGCCUUUAUCCAACGUUCCCAACUUUGGGGUCACGAGAGGACUCACACUGGAGAGAAACCUUACAAAUGUAAUGAGUGUGGCAAAGCUUUCACAAUGUGUUCAUACCUUACUCAACAUAAAACCAUCCAUACUGGAGAGAAACCUUACAAAUGUCAUGAAUGUGGCAAAGUAUUCAGUCGAAAUUCACACCUCGCGUGUCAUCAGAGAAUUCAUACAGGAGAGAAACCUUACAAAUGUAAAGAGUGUGGCAAAACCUUUAAUCAGUGCUCAAACCUCACUAGACAUCAGUUGAUUCAUACAAGAAAGAAAGUCUAUGAAUGUGAUGUCUGUGGCAAGGCCUUCAGUCGAAAGUCAGUCCUUGUAAGUCAUCAGACAGUGCACUUUGGAGAGAAAUCUUACAAAUGUAAUGAAUGUGGCAAAGCCUUUAGGAAGCGCUCCAGCCUUACUCAGCAUAAGAGAAUCCAUACAGGAGAGAAACCUUACAGAUGUAAUGAGUGUGGGAAGGCCUUUAGGAAGCAUUCAAAUCUUACUCAGCAUAAGGUAGUCCAUACUGGAGAGAAACCUUACAGAUGUAAUGAGUGUGGCAAAGCAUUUAGUGUGCACUCAGCUCUAAGGAACCAUCAGAUAAUCCAUACAGGAGAGAAACCAUACAAAUGUGAUGUCUGUGGCAAGGUCUUCAGUCGAAAUUCAGUCCUUGCAAGUCAUCAGAGGCUGCACACUGGGGAGAAACCUUAUAAGUGUAAAGAAUGUGGUAAGUCAUUUAUUCAACGUUCACUCCUUUGGAUUCAUGAGAAAAUCCAUACUGGUGAGAAACCUUACAAAUGUAAUGAAUGCGGCAAAGCCUUUCCCGUGCGGUCAAUCCUUACUCAACAUAUGAGAAUCCAUACUGGGGAGAAACCUUAUAUAUGUACUGAGUGUGGCAAAGCCUUUACGAAACAUUCAAAUCUUACUCAACAUAAGACCACCCACACUGGAGAGAAACCUUACAAAUGUGAUGAAUGUGACAAAGCUUUUACCCAAGUUUCAAGUCUUAGUAGGCAUCAGAGAAGGCACAGUGGAAAGAAACCGAGUCAGUGCAAUGUUUUAUGUGGCAAGGCUUUUAUCCAGCAUUCAAGCCUUGUAGCACAUCAGAGAAUUCAUACAGGAGAAAGACCUUAUAAAUGUAAUAAAUGUGAUAAGGCUUUUACCCAAAAUUCACAACUUUGGCGUCACGAGAGAACUCAUAUUGGAGAGAAGUCUUAUCAGUGUAACGAGUGUGGCAAAGCCUUUACAGAUGGUUCACAUCUCAAUCGACAUAAGAUCAUUCAUACUGGCGAGAAACCUUACAAGUGUCAUGAGUGUGGCAGAGCUUUUACUCAGUUAACAAACCUGGAAGAACACUAUAGAAUUCAUACUGGAGAAAAACCUCACAGAUGUAUUGAGUGUGGCAAGCUCUUUGGUCAAAAAACAGACCUUACAAAUCACUUGAAAAUUCACACUAGAGAGAAACCUUACAAAUGCAAUGAGUGUGGCCAGGUCUUUAGUCAAAAAGCAACCCUUACAUGUCAUCAGAGAAUUCAUUCUGGAGAGAAACCCUACAGAUGUAAUGAAUGUGGCACGGUCUUUAGGGAAAAGGCAAUCCUUGUGUUUCAUCAGAGAAAUCAUACUGAAGAGAAAUCUUAUAAAUGUAAUGAGUGUGGAAAGUCCUUCCAUUACAGCACAAAAUUUCGUAGACAUCAGUUAAUCCACACGGAAGGGAAAUUAUAUAAAUGUGAUAUAUGUGACAAAAUGUUCCAUCAUGAUUCCAGCAUUCCAAGACAUAAGAGAAUUCAUACUGGAGAGAAACCUUACAAAUGUGAUGAAUGUGGCAAGGCCUUCAAUCAAAAAUCAAACCUUGGAAUUCAUCAGAGAAUUCAUACUGGAGAGAAACCUUACAAAUGUAACGAGUGUGACAAGAGCUUUAAUCAGAACUCAGCCCUCACUCAGCAUAAAUUAAGAGUCCAUACUGGAGAGAAACCUUACAAAUGUAAUGACUGUGACAAGGUCUUUAGUCAGAAAGUACACCUUAGACAUCAUCAGAAAAUUCAUACAGGAGAGCAGUCUUAG